AAUCUAUUAGCUGGUAAGUUAUACAAUUUUUGAAGUUUAUAUCAAAACAAAAUUUUCUCUAUUUGGUCUGCGGAAGAUCUUGAAAAAAUUUGAUAAAUGCUUGGGCUAUGGAUUCACCAAGUAUUAUUUGAGUAAUUUACUCCAAACAUUUUGGUUAGUUUUGUCGAACAAACCCUUAGACACUCAUUAUUUGUCUUUUCAUUAAUAAGGAGCUUCGGGAAAGAAUUCAAUAAAAAUAAAAAAAAAUCGCAUUGUUUUCUAAUAAUCCAGAGCCACACAAUUAGCUCAGUUUUACUUCCUGUUUAAUGUUAUGAUCCUUAAACUGAAGAGAAUAAACCAAGUCCCCUUAUCAAAACAAAACACACAAUCUUGUGUUAGACUUGGACACACGCUUAUAGAAACUCCCGUUAUCUGUUUACCCUGUAAAAACACACUACUAAUACACCAGUGAUAGUAGAAGAGAUACCAUAUCAAGGGAGGAUUAUACAUAUUCAUGGUGGUAUUGAGUUUCCAACCCGUCCAAUUCCGAGUUAAUAGUACAACAACUAACUGCUUCGAGCAGAAGUAUAAAUAUGGAAGGCGAAACAACAUGAGUAGAGUAAGAUGUGGCAUAGCAGAGCCAACAGGUCAGACUGCUCCUAUGGGGCAGAAGACAAAGUACAAAGAUGGGUUCUUUGAGAUGAUUUUCAUGAAUCUUUUUGCUAGGAAGAUGGAGAAGUUUGCUUCAUCUGCUGGCAAGAGAAAGCAGGAGAAUGAUGGGUGGUUUAAGUAUGAUUACGAGAGAUUUGUCGAUGUAUCGAAGAGAGUAAUGCAGGGAAGAUCACGCCCACAACAACAGGUUGUUAGGGAAGUACUAUUGUCUAUGCUCCCUCCUGGUGCCCCAGCUCAGUUCAGAAAAUUGUUUCCGCCAACAAAAUGGGCUGCAGAGUUCAAUGCAGCCCUGACUGUGCCGUUUUUCCAUUGGCUUGUUGGACCUUCUGAGGUACGCUAAUGACUAAUCCCCCCGUUCCAAAUUACUUGCUAGUUGCUACAAUUGUUUUUUCAUCGACCUUUAAUAUUGAAGACA